GCUUACUGUGCUCUUGCUGCGGGCUUCAACAUGAUCAGCCAAGCCUUCAAUUUCUACUACGUUAAUGUCUUUCUCAAUAUCUAUCAUGUCAAAGAAACAUGGUUCCAAUUAGCUCAGGUUCUAUUUCUCAUAUGGAAUGCAGUGAAUGACCCCUUAUUUGCAUAUUGCGCAGAUAACAAAAAUAUACGUUUGAUGUCUGCACGACGGAAUAUGGUUUUGUAUGGUGCACCAUUCUUUGCACUGUCCUUUGUGGUUCCAUGGUUUCAGUGGAGCUCAAACCCGACUAUAAUUGGACUUCAUUUACUUCUGUCUCUAUGCUUUUGGGACACUUUAUUUACACUAGUUGGUCUUGCCUACUGUUGUUUAUUUACUGAAAUCUCGCAAGACACAUCAAAGAGAAUAGUGCUCACACGUUAUUCUACAUUAGCUUCUCUUAUUGGAUCAGGUAGUGUCUUGGUAUUGGACCAUGCCUCCAGCAGUUUAAAAAACUUUAGAGCUUUUCAGUUUGUGUCUGUGCUUAUAGCCUUACUGAGCUGGGCUCUGAUGCACUACUGUGGUAGACACUGUCACACACAGUUUGACUUGAAGCAAAUGAAAAAGAAAAAUAAAGACAUUGAUGAGGUUCAGCACCAACGAAGUCGAGAGCCGUACAUUCGACAAACAUUGCAGAUUCUGACUGAUGUUAACUUUAUAUCAUUUGUAAUAACAAACUUUUUCCAAGAGUUUCACAAAACCUAUUUAAUAAGCUUUUUAGCUAUUAUAUGUGAUCAGCUAAUACCAGCCAGUUAUAUAUCCCAGGGGACCAGGAGUACCUUUUAUGGAUUCGUUCCCUUUUCAUCACAGAUCGUCAUCAUCCUCUUUGCUCCACUUAUUGCCCACUUUUCUUACCAGAGAAUUUAUCGAGCAAACUUUAUUUGGAAGAUUUGCAGUGGGAUGUGUUUGUACUUCAUUGUUGGAGAACACUAUCCAGGGUUGAUACUAUUGUUUUUGUUGUUUGACGACUGUUUUACCAGCGCCACCAACUCCUUGCUCAAACUGCCUCUUGCUGAUAUAACUGAUGCAAAUAUGGAAAAAUAUAAUCGAAACCAUCCAAUAUCCUCAAUGGUAUUUGGAACAAACGCUCUGAUAACAAAGCCGGCUAAUUCCUUAUCUCCUAUGCUUGUGGUCGCCAUCUUAAAUAGAUAUGGAUAUGAUGAAGUAAGACAAAUAAAACUUGGAAGAACUGGAGAAAAUAAUUUAACUGGGAGCAUAGAAUUGAAGAACGCCAUGUUUUCUUUGAUUUGUUUUUAUCCAGUUGUACUAGGUGUGAUUCAGUUAUGUAGCUGGUCUUUUUACAGUAUCAGCAAUAAGAGAGAAAUAAUCAUCAAAGCUGACAAAAUACACCAAGGAGUGUAGUGUAUAGAAAAGAUUUCCACUAAACUAGUACUAGCAAUGUGAGAGGGGAAAACUGAAA